AGCCUUUCACACUGUGUCAGAGCCUGUGCGUGUGAGAGAGAGAAGUAGAAUGGAGAAGUCCGGGAAAAAAAUUGCUGAUCUUGUAGAUAAGGCAGAAGCGGAAGCCAGUACAAUGCGUCGUGAUGAACUGCUGUUUUCUUACAAUGGAACUCCCUACCCUGUCACUGUUUGUAGUCCUGAAACAUUCAGAGCUUUGGAGUCCUUUGAAGCCAGAAGUGAUGAUAUCAUUUUGGCAGCAUACCCUAAAUCUGGCACAAACUGGCUCAGUCAAAUCUUAACUGACCUGGUAACCGUAUCUCAAAAGAAAACACAGGAUAGAGAAAGCAGUGCGAAUGAUGAAGAACUAGAAGAAUUCCCCUACCUUGAAGUUGGAGAUGCCGAGAAAUAUGAGCGAAUGACCAAAUUGCCUUCUCCAAGAGUUAUUGUUACUCAUCUCCGUCCUGAAAACCUUCCCAAGUCUAUCUUCAAAAAUAAAGUCAAGAUAUUGUUAUUGAUUCGUAACCCAAAGGAUGUAGCUACAUCUUAUUACCAUUUUUCCAAUGGCCUGGCUAGUUUUCCUUCCUAUGAGACCUGGGAUGAUUUCUUCACAGAUUUCAUGUCAAAGAGAAUGGUCUGGGGAUGCUACUUUGAAUACCUUUCCAAAUGGAACAAAUAUGCUGAUGAAGAAAAUGUUAUGACAAUAACUUAUGAAGAGCUAAAAGAGAAUCGUGUCCUGGGAGUGCAAAAGAUAGCUGCUUUCUUAGGGAUUUCACUGACUGAGGAAGAGCUUCAGCUUGUGGUAGAGAGGAGCAGCUUUCAGGCAAUGAAGAAGAACUCUCAGAAGACCCAUGGGGCGUUCGGUGACAUUUUCUUUCGCAAAGGGGAUGUAAGUGACUGGAAGAAUCUUUUCAGUGAAGAUCAGAAUGAGAAAAUGGACAAAGCAUUUGAAGAAUAUGUAGGAGGAACUAAGCUGGGAAAAAAGUUAAAGUAUGAAGUGUACUGUAAAGCCUGAAGAGAAAUAAAAUGUGGUUAGAACAAGAACUUCUCUAGGCACACUCUGAUAACCUGAAUGCUCUAUACUAGAAAAUUUAAUCAAUUAUUAAAGCAUCUUAGAAUUACUUUAAUAAAGAUAUUUCAAUGGCCUUUAUAGUGACAA